AUGGACGCCAUCAUCGAGCUCAUCCCGCCCAAGAUCGCGGCGUACCUCCCCCUCAACACGUCGGGGUACCGCUACGCCGAGUUCCCGCACCUCAUCGACUUCUCGCAGCCGAGCUUCUGGAUCGCCGCCGCCGCCAUCGUCUUCAACCCCCUCUACUGGAACGUGACGGCCCGCAAUGAGUACCGCAACAAGACGCUGAACAAGCUUCUCGGUGGUCCCCUCGCUGCCACGUACGAGCGUGCUCUGCGCCAGCAGCCGCACUGGGAGGUGCUGCACAACCCCGUUGUUAAGGCCGUCGCCGUUGCCCUCUUCGCCUCGGGCCAGGUCUUUGUCGUCACCUCGAUGUACGCCCUCGGCAUCGUCGGCACUUACCUCGGCGACUACUGCGGUAUCCUCAUGAAGGAGCGCGUCACCUGCUUCCCCUUCAACGUCCUCGAGGACCCCAUGUACGUCGGUUCGUUCAUGGCCUUCCUCGGCAUUGCCCUAUGGUCCGAGUCGCCCGCUGGUCUUCUGCUCUCGGCCCUCGUCUGGACCGUCUACUCCAUCGCGCUCAAGUACGAGGGCCCCUUCACGAGUGCGAUCUACUCGAACGCCGCUGCCGCCAAAGAGAAGGAUGUUGUCGUUGAGGCUCCCUCUACCCCCAAGAAGAAGCGCACCGUCGCUUCGGCCUCCGUCACCGCCUCCACCACCGCCACGGCCGGCACCCCCCGCAAGUCGGGCCGCCUCGCCGCCAAGGAGGCCUCGUCUGCUGACGAGGGCAACGGAGCUGCCGCCGCGACCCCGCGCCGCCGCACGCGCAAGUCGGUCGCUGCCUCCGAGCUCGGCGUCGACAGCCCGAUGCGCGUCACGCGCAGCCGGAGCAAGGCCCUGACCACGGACGACGAGAGCAACUAA